UAGAAACGAGGAUUAAAGAUCAUCCAGUGCGCGCGCUCAAUGGAAAAAUUUUAACAAUCUCUCUCGUUCUCCUGCCCCGACGAAAGUGUAACAGUACAGAGAUUCGCUAGGCCAAAGAAAAUAAACGGUAGUACCACGGCGGGAAUCGGCGGAGGCGCAUUACUCCGAGUCGAGAGCACACAACCUACGCUCCCAUCGGACUUUCUCGGGGUCACUGAGUUGAACCGAGUGGUGUAUCUAAAAUUGCACCUAAGAAGAAUGUCAGCAAAAGGUGGAAGGAGACGUUGUGUAGAGGAAAACGCCGUUGGAACAGUGUUUGAUAAGAACAGCCAGUGCUUUACCGGUUUCUCAUCGCCGAAGUGGAUCCUCGCGCCGUGUGAGAAAUUUUAAACCAAAGUAUCUCUCGACCUGAACGGAAAGUCCAAUGUGGGUCACCGCCUUACAGAACAUGUUAUUAAUUGAUCCAUCGAUGAUGGUACGCUUAUGAUAGUAGCAGUAGUAAUUCACGGUCUCUCGAAUUGCAUGGAUUACAUCAUAAGGUGUGCGCGAGUCCGGUAUUAAUCAAUAGCCGCGACGCUGGCAAAAAGUGAAGAAACUGCGAGUAAUUGGAUGCUAUUGUUGCUAUUUUUGCUGCCCCAGUAUUCCCAAUGCGUCAACACAUGGAAAGCGACGCUGCUACAUCAAAUGUGCCGAAGAUAAUUCGCAGGUGACACGAAGAAUCGGGCCUGAUUAUCUGCUUAGUGAAAACCGUGCCUCGAUGUGCCGUGAAAGGUUCGAUGUCGCACGUGGCCGCAAUUCGCCACCGCGAGUGGAUCGAUUAUCUCGUCAGCACGGAAGGAUCUUAUGCAUUCUUUUGAUGUUUGAGACGCUGCUCGGCUGCGACGCUCGAGGUAACGGUACGCCAGAUGUUUAUAAGAUACUCGGAAGUGCUAGAAUGCGCCAAGCAGACUACGAUUAUUCGUAUAUGAAUAAUGACAUGAAUGAAAAUCAAGAAGAUCUGUACGUCGGUCACAGUGGUGACCCGUGGAGUAUUUCUUCGACACGUAUUUACAAUAAAAAUAUUUACGCAUACGUAUCGUCGAACAACGCCACGACAAACGACACGAAAGUUCUAUCUACAACGAGCGGAAAAGAAAACAACGGUCAUGCAAGAUAUAAAAGAGGAGUGAUACACCUUUAUAACAUGGUAGUAUGUGCCACAGGAUGUAAUCCCUUAGUUUACAAAGGAUAUGGCUGUUACUGCGGAUUCUUAGGAUCUGGUUAUGUCAUCGAUGGUAUCGACCAGUGUUGCAAGAUGCAUGAUUGGUGCUAUGACGCUACGGAGUGCCCUAUGUUCUCGGAAUAUUUUGUACCAUAUUAUUGGAGAUGUUACCAUGGCUAUAAGCCCGUUUGCGCGGUUGAGCAUGGCAGCUGGGGAGGAUCAGGAUCUUGUGCUCAACGUUUAUGCGAAUGCGAUCGAUCAUUAGCGGAGUGUCUGAGAAGAUAUCCCUGCCCUACUACCAAAGCAGUUUGUACCUCGUCACCGUGGAGACUCGUGCAGAAUCUCUUCAUGAUUAUAUAAAUCGUAUUUUAAAAAUAACAUAAGCCACGAUAGACCACAUGUAUUUUAAAACGAAUUAUUGAUAGAUAGAUUCGUUUAAGCUAGGGAUAAACAUGUAAAUAUACAAAUUUAUGCAGUAAGAAUUGACCUAACAAACACCGAAUAUACCAUAGAUAAAAUAUCAUAACAUAUACAUGUAUUAUAUCUAUACAAUACAAUUAAAGACAAGAUAAGCCUGUAUAAGAUCAUAGCAAGAUUUUGGCGCUGAAAUAAUAUUUCUUGUAAUUUUACAUAUGUACAAUUUCUAUUUCUUUCCAACUAUGUGCCCUUACUUUUGAACACAGCCCUUAAUUAAAUCAAAAUAAAUAAUAUCACAGAAUUAAAUUGACAAAUUAAUUUAAUAUUACUUUGAUACUAACAUAGCAUCUUUUAAGAUACCCCGGAAAAAUGAAAAGAAUAUUAUUUCAAUGCCAAGAUCUUGCUAUAACCGUGUAUAAAUCUAUUUUGUCUUCAUUUUGUAUUGUACGCCUAAGUUCAAUUGUUAAUUAUUGUACAUUAAUUUUAAAACAGUCUCUGAGUAUUUUUAUUGUUGCAAAGAAUAUCAAGUACCUCGGGGUGGUCGACUGACUAAGACGCUCGCACGGAACGUUAGAAAAAUUAGAAUCAAACCCUGACCGAGAAAAUAUUUUUCGCGACAAAUUUUUCACUUUUUUUGAAAUAGAAGGCUCUUAAAAAAUGUUAUGUAUCAGUAAUGUAAAAUUGACUUGUUAAUAUAAUUUUGUAAUUAUUUAUUCUAAUUCAAUCUAAAAGCUGUAGUCAGCGUCAAGAUCUAUACCGUAUAUGUAGGACUUUAACUUAGUUUCCGCCCGCAAAUGUUAAAUGGCGAUGUAAACAGUUCUAAUAGUCAUUACUAACGCAUCUUUUUUCGUCAACGUACUUUUUUCUUAGCUUUGACGUUUCUCGAUAACAUUCAUUGUCAGUCAACAUACAUAAUUAUUUGCGUAAACAACAUUUUUUUUGCUUUGUGAAAAAUGGAACGCGAUAAAGUGUUUUUUUUUUUACAUGCUUUUGCACUACUUUGAUUUGAAAAAAAGUGUAGCAGAAGUUCAUCGAUUACUUGAAGAUGGUUAUAGUGAUCAAGAUCCAUCGCAUACAACAUGUAAAGAGUGGUAUAGACGGUUCAAAAGUAAUAAUUUUGAUAUCGAUGACAAACCACGCUUAGGACAGCCGAAAAAAUUCGAAGACGAUAAAUUGCUGGCAUUAUUGCAUGAAAACUCAGCUCGAACGUUAGAGAAACUUGGAAACAAGCUAGGAGUUACUGAAGCAGCUGUAUCCAAAUUUUAAACGCCAUGGGAAAGAUUCAAAAGGAAGGAAACUGGAUACUACAUGAAUUGUCUGAAAGUGUCAUUCACAACCGUUUCAAUAUCACGGUUUCCUUGUUUGCCAGGCAAAAAAAGAAGAGUUUUUUGUGGCGUAUUGUGACGCGAUGAAAAGUGGAUCUACUACAACAAUCCCAAACGCAAGAAAUCAUGGGUAAGCCCAGGACAAUCAUCAACAUCGCAACCAAAACGGAACAUUCACGGUCACGAGGUAAUGCUUUGCAUUUGGUUGGAUCAGCAAAGAGUGCUGUACUACGAGUUGCUGAAACCGAACAAAACUGUUACUGUCGAUGUCUACAAACGUCAAUUGAACAAAUUGAAUGAUAAGCUGUUGCAAAAAAAACCAGCAAUAGCGAGUAACAGGCGCAAAAUUAUUCUUCUUCACAAUAACGCUCGGCCACACACUAGAAGAAUCGUCAAGGAAACACUGGCGCAGCUCGAAUGGGAAAUUCUUCCUAACCCAGCGUAUUCACUAAACAUAGCACAUUCUGAUUACCACUUGUUUAUAUCGAUGCAGCACUGCUUGAGUGGUACACGCUUCCAAAAUGUUAAAAAAGUGUAAGAAUGAGUGGACGAAUGGACUGCUUCAAAACCGACAUCGUUUUAUCAAGAUCGCCCAGUUGCCAGAAAGAUGGAAAAAAGUUGUAGAGAGUGAUGGAAAAUACUUUCAUUGAAAUAAUUUAUACAAAUUUUUUUCCAAUAAAUGCUUUUUUUCAGUCUUUUUCGGGCCAAAACUAAGUUAAAGUCCUAACAUAUAGACAUAUUUUGCCUUCAAUUGUAUGUAUGCAAAAAACGUGGUCUAGGUUUAAUUGUUAAUUGCUACAUCUAUGUUGUAUAAUAUUACAUUUAUGUUACAUUCGAUGUUUGCUGAUAACUUUCCAAAUAAAGUAUCUCAUAAUGCCUAAUAUAUGAUUCAUGUAUACAUACUCAACGAGAAAUAAUUUAUUGAAUCAAUUUCAAAAACAUGUAUCGAUAACCGGAACAUACCAUUUGAUAACUUUGCAAUUAACCACAGCUCAACUUUCCGUUUGGAACAGUCAAUCUAAAUAUUUUAUACUAAAUUAGUUAAUUAGUGAUAUGGACAAUCAGAUGUCACUCAUCAAAAAUUAAUCAAAAUACUCAUCAACAAUCGAUUAAUUUAUGACAUACUUCUCGAUGAAUUUUCGAUUCAGAAAUGUUCAAUUUUGACUUGACAUCGAAUACUAUUUCCUUAUUGAAGUAAUAUUGAAUUGGGAUUUCUAAAGCCCUUUCUAAGUACAUAUGAAUAACUUUUCGGAUAAGAAAAUGACAAUUUCUCAAACUGUGAUUGACCAAUCAUAUAUAAAAGUGCCAUUUUCAUAUGCAAAAAUUAAUCCUCAAAAACGAGAAAACAUAAAUAUUUUCUUGUAUCAUACAUUAAAAAGACUUAACUUAUUCAAUUGUAUAUUGUAAUCAAUGUUUAAAAAUUUUUUUGAGCACACAAAUCAAUUUAUUAACUGGAUUUUGUUGAACUACUGUGUACGUAUUAAUCAAGAGGCGCGAUCGCGUCUCGUGCCAAUUCAAAAAAAAAAAAAAGCGAAAAAGACCGAACGCCUCUUUUACUCGAGUCAGCAAGUUCAAGCAUAACGAGAUUAACAGAUCUCAGUAACGGCUAAACCGAUCAAGUUCUGAGUAGUCUCAAUCGUUAGCUUGGGUCAAAAGGCGCAGUCGCGCCUCGUGCCAAUAAAAAAAAAAA